UACUUUGAACUCUUUCUGAUAUACUGUUCUACUGUUGAUCGGCGAAAACUAACAUUGUUGGCGCGUCUCUCUGAACUCAUAGAGACAUUAACUUGGACGUGAGAGACUCCCACGCGGACACGCUUCUCUCGUUUCGCUUCCACAGAAAGAAGAACUCCAUCGCCUUCUUCGCGUCGAGGCAAAAAAAUACGAACAAGCUUUUAUGCUCAGCAGGCAUGGAGGACUCUGAAAAGCAACCCUCCUGCAGUUGCAUGAAACUUGCUGCAGACGGCUUCAAAAGAGUUUCCAUGGCGCAAGUGAGCGCGCUGUUUCUUGGGUCUCUCGUGAUUGUGGGGCUCUUGUUCUCUUAUGGGUAUAAUCGGGAGGGAUGGAACGAUUUCUUCUCUUUUGAUGGUUUCGCGUCUUCUGAGGAUGCAGGACUAGAUGACGUACUAAAGAGAGCGUCCACGGAGAAUAAGACAGUCAUACUCACAAUCAUAAACAAGGCGUACACGGAAAACGACAGCAUGCUUGAGCUGUUCCUCCAAGGUCUCCAGCAAGGAGAAGAGACCCAGCCUUUGAUCCAGCACCUCCUUCUAGUUGCCGUCGACCAAGCUGCCUUCAACCGUUGCCAGGAGAUUCACCCCCACUGUUACAGACUCAGCACCGGCGGCGUAGAUUUUUCCGGUGAAGAGUUGUUUAUGAGCAAAUAUUAUCUCGACAUGAUGUGGAGGAGGCUCCUCUUUGUAGCUGCCGUGGUCAGGCGAGGGUAUAACGUCGUGUUCACUGAUGCUGAUAUCUUGUGGUUCCGGAACCCGUUCCCACGGUUUUCUUUGGACGAUGACGUUCAGAUAAGUUGUGACAGAUAUAAUGGCAGGCCAUAUGAUACAUCAAAUGCCAUUAAUGCCGGUUUCUAUUUCGUUCGUUCAAAUAUUAAGACGAUCAAGUUGUACAAGUUGUGGUAUAAAAGCAAGGAUAUAGGCAUCCAUGAACAGGACGUGCUCCAAAAGCUCCAAACGAAAGAUUCUUUCAAGAAACUGGGCUUGAAAUUCAGGUUCCUGAAUACACAAUACUUUGCAGGAUUCUGUCAGACAAGCACGGACAUGAGGGAGGUGAACACAAUGCACGCAAACUGCUGCAAGAGUUUGAAAGCGAAAAUGGCAGAUUUAAGUGCUUUUUAUGGAGCCUGGAAGAACUUCACGGCCACCACCGGCCAUAAUACCACCACGGGAACGUGGCCUGAUGCCAAGGCUUGCCAUGCUUCAUGGGGGUAGCGCGGUGGCUAGCCAUGUAAUGGGCCAAAGGAGCACGAACUUCAUGGUGAGCAAGGAAAGAGUGCGCACGGGUUGUACAUGAGAACUUGUGCCAAUUCAUCAUUCUUUUCUUUC